AUCCCACCGCAUCCUCUGCAAAACACACCUCUUCUAAUUCCUUCUCUUCAUACACACUCAUUGAGAAAGCAAACCACACUUGCAUUUGCUCUCUCCGUCAUCAUCUUUUUUCUCUUUUCACACUUUUUGGCUGCCCAACUGCCCGACUCUCUUUUCUUGACACAGUCAUUUUCCUCCAUCUCUCACUUCCACACCAAUCAAUUAAUUUGAACGAAUCUUCGUCCAUCCGCUCUCUCCCUCAACCCUCCCAAAACAAAUCAAAGUCAAGCAGACGACACCAAACAAAAACAAAACCAAACCCUCACAAUGGCCUCCAAGCUCCUCGCCGCAAGCGCCCUCGUGGCCUCUACCUCUGCCGCCGCCACCAACUACCUGGGCUUCAACUCGGGCUCGACCGCCCUGGACGGCUCCUACAAGGUCAAGUCCACCUGGGUUGAGGAGUUCACCAACGCUGCCAACCUCGUCGGCGCUCCUGGCACCUUCAACUCCAUCCGUCUCUACACCAACAUCCAGGGCGGCACCACCAACAGCCCCAUCGAGGCCUUCGAUGCCGCUGUUGCCACAAACACCACCGUCCUGCUCGGUAUCUGGGCCUCUGGCACCGACAGCAUCGACAACGAGCUGACCGCCCUCGCUGCUGGUGUCGAUGCCCUCGGCACCGACUUCACCAACCUCGUCAUCGGUAUCUCGAUCGGUUCUGAGGAUCUCUACCGCAACUCGGCCACCGGUGUGGCCAACAAGGCCGGUGUCGGUGCCGACCCCAGCACCAUCGUCGGCUUCAUCAACGACUACAAGACCAAGUUCGCCGGCACUCCCAUGGCUGACGUCCCCAUCGGCCACGUCGACACCUGGGACGCCUUCACCAACUCCUCCAACAGCGCCGUGAUUGACGCCGUUGACUGGCUCGGUGUGGACGAGUACCCCUACUACCAGACUGGUGAUGGCAACACCAUUGAGAAUGCCCCCGACCUGUUCCAGAAGGCCUACGACGCCGUCGUCGGUGUUGCUGGCGACAAGGACGUCUGGGUGACCGAGACUGGUUGGGCCUACUCUGGUGAGACAUGGGAUGAGGCUGUUGCCUCCGUUGCGAAUGCCAAGACCUACUGGGACACUGUCGGCUGCGCUAAGCUGUUCAACAAGGUUCCUACCUUCUGGUACAACUUCGUCGAGGACAACGCGUCCAACAACGAGACCUUCGCCAUUUCUGACGACAUGUCCACCACCGCCCGCUUCAACCUGACCUGCCCUGCUGAGGACACCACCACCUCCUCCUCCACCAACACCACCUCGUCUGCUUCGUCCUCUGCCACUGGUGCCUCUAACAGCACUACCACUGGCUCUGGCUCCAGCGCGACGUCGACCGGCACCUCCUCCGGCUCUUCGGGCUCUUCGUCUUCGGGCUCUAGCUCGUCCUCUUCCGCGUCUUCCUCCUCCUCCGUGACCACCAGCGGUGCCCUGAAGCUUGGCUCCUCGGCCCUCGCCGCGGUUGCCGUGGUCGGUGCUGCCUUCUCUCUCCUCUAGAUGGGAUAGACUAGGUCCAAGAGGAUAAGAUGAAGAGGUCGUGUUGAAUUGGCCUGCCUGAUAAGGGAGGCGACGGAAUUGGUACAUAACAAUACAUGGAUGGGGCGUUCACAACCUUCUUUUUGUUUUCGUGUCUAUGCCUGGAUAGACUAUGUAUGUGGUAGACUUUUCGAGAUAUGUCUGCCUGUUUUUCAUCGGGCGUAGGUACAUAUCGCUUUCGAUACCCACUGCUAAUUAGAAAAAUGCCCAAGACUUUUUGAUUUGAUCAUAAUUCAUGAAAUCCUGAUCCUCCUGGUGCUCACUGUCAAGCAUGUUGUUCUCUCCCGAUAUUUGGUCAUCAAGUCAUUAGGAUAAAAAUGAAACUGCCCACGGAUACCAACCGUUUUCGCAAGGAGGAAAUUUCCCUCUCCUUCCCACCUCACGUGGGUUGUAGCAAAGAAUUGUUUCAAGACCUCCUUCACAUCCUGCGGGGGGCCGACGGCGACGAUGAAUAGGCGGCUCUACUUGCCGCGCUGUAAGCCGGGAGCACCUCGGGGGGGAGUGUGGUCCAGGCCAGUGUCUUGGUAGUGAGCUCGCGUUGGUUCAAGUGUCCCGCGGAGAUCUCCCUUCUUGACCAUGCGCUUGGCGGUUAGCUUGAACUCACGAGGCGUCACGUCGUGUAGGUCUGGGUCGUCGUAGAGAUAGUAAGGAGGGGGCAGGGUACGCUGCUUCAUAUGCUCGAGGUCAGCGCGCAGCUUGUCGAAGAUGGCAUUGACGUCUGCUGUGCUUCUUGUGCUGGAAGUUUGGCCCGAGGAUGCGGUCACAACGUCACCCUGCUGCUGCUGCCGCUGCCGCUGCUCCCCCUCCUCCUCCGUCUCCAAGUCGAUCAUCUGAACAUCAGGCACUACAUCGUAAAGGGGUGUUGCCUGGUUCCAGCAGUUCCUGUUUGUCUCAUCCCAUGCUCUUCCCUUGGGGCCUCAAUACCCGGU